AAGUAGCCCUAGUCCUGCCUGCCUGCGCCGUCCGCCUCUUUCCUAUCGCGGGCGUUUGGUAACAUUGAGUGCUCCCGCGCUGUCACCGCCCGGGAGGCGCUGUCGGGUCUGCGGAGUGGGCAGCCAUGGGGAGCCUGCGCGGCCUGCGCCAGGCGGCGGCUUCACAGUAGCCUUGAAAAUGAAUAGCCUCAAGGAAAACCAGCAGUUCUAGCAGGCACUGAAGAGAAUGGAUUUGAAGCUCCCUAAAAUCCCCAGCCCCCAAGAAUUGUUACCAUUAGCUUGUCUGGCACUUCCCUGGAAACUCCCACCCACUGGGCUUGCCUGGUUUUCACCUGACUCAGCUAAUUCAUUGGGAACAGCUUCUCCCGACGCACCCCAGAGCACGCUGCGACAGGCACAUGAAGCCCUUUGGCAAAGGCUGGCAAACUUGCUGGUGGAAAGCGUCGAAGGACGUCCCUGUCCAAUGGUUAGGAAGUUAUUUUAGGUUAUAUGAAAGAGGUGCUUCCUCAUCUCUAAGACUUAGCAGAAACUCCGACUUGAAGAGAAUAAAUGGAUAUUGUGCCAAACCACAAGAAAGUCCAAAAGCUCCACCCUACACUUACAGCCACAGAGUGCCAUUACACAAACCUACACACUGGGAGAGGAAGAUCCUGGUAUGGUCAGGUCGCUUCAAAAAGGAAGAUGAAAUCCCAGAGACUGUCUCGUUUGAGAUGCUUGAUGCUGCAAAGAACAAGAUCCGGGUGAAGGUCAGCUACGCGAUGAUUGCCCUGACAGUGGCAGGAUGCAUCUGGAUGGUUAUUGAGGGCAAGAAGGCUGUCAAAAGAAACGAGUCUUUAACAAGGCUGAACUUAGAAAAAAAAGCUCGCCUGAGAGAAGCAGCAGCUCUGAAAGCCAAAACAGAGUAGCAGAGGUAUCCGUGUUGGCUGGAUUUUGAAAUUGCAGGAAUAAUGUUGCAGCAAUUAGCCUGUAUUAAAAAGAAUACAGUAUGAGGAUCCAUUUCAUGAAAGUGUGGUUUGCACCGACUUAUAAUUUCCCCCAUUUCUGAUAUAGUGGGACAAAUAAAUUUCCUUAAACGGCUUGUCUA